UGAGUCUUCACAAACGAAUUGAAUCUAUUUAAUUGCUUAUUUUGUUAGUGACUAAAUUGCACUUCACAAAUUAAAUGAGUCUUCACCUUUGUCCCGCUGCCAAGUUGCCGCUGUCGACCCUCGAGGCACCGUUAACCGGCUACUCCGUCAACCUGCAAGCUGCCGUCGUCCUCGCUGCUCCGUCAACCGCAAGCUGCCGUCGACCCCCGCUGCUCCGUCAACCACAAGCUGCCGUCGACCCGCGCCGCUCUAUAGGCUAGAUUCAAAGGCCUGCAGCAAUUUAUGAACUUAGAAAAAACCAGAUGAAAUUCCUUAAACCCUUCAAUCCCAAUUCCUUUUACCGCCAUUUCAAACCACUAUCAAAUUCCUCCCUUCUCACCACUCCCCCAACCCAACCAAUCACCAAAACAACACUCCUCAAUUCAAUCAAAUCUUCUCAGUGGCAUUUCAUCAAACACCUUGCCCCCCACCUCACCCCUUCCCUCCUAUCUUCAACUCUUUCCAACCUCCACCAAAACCCAACUCUAGUUCAAACUCUCCUCUCCCACCUUCACAACCACCCUCAUUGCCUCGACCUCACUACCCGAUGCAUCGCCCUCUGCAUCCUCUACCGCCUCCCAUCCUCCAACCUCUCUCACCAAAUCCUCCACCCUAUCAUCCACACCACCGCCCCCGCCGUCCUUUUCAACCAACUAUCACUAGCUCGAAACCAUCUCAACACGAAAACCACCGUCGUCUUUGACAUUCUCCUUAUUUCUUAUUGCCAACUCAUGAAACCGAAUGAGGCUCUUGAGUGUUUCAUCUUGAUGAAACAAAAUGGAAUUCUCCCCAACACCGAGACUUGCAAUCAGGUUUUGAAUAUGUUUCUUAAACUCAAUAGAACCCAAAUGGCAUGGGGUUUUUAUGAAGAUAUGUUUAGGAUGAAGAUUAAAUCAAGUGUCUUCACUUUUAACAUUAUGAUCAAUGUCUUGUGUAAAGAAGAUAAAUUGAAAAAGGCUAAGGAGUUUAUCGGCCACAUGGAAGUUCUUGGUGUGAAGCCUAAUGUUGUAACCUAUAAUACCCUUAUAAAUGGUUACUGCUUAAAAGGUAAGUUUCGAGAAGCUCGUUUGGUUUUUCAGACUAUGAAAGAUAAGGGUCUUAAACCAGAUAGUUACACCUAUAAUUCUUUUAUUUCGGGGUUGUGUAGAGAAAGACGGAUUGACGAGGCGUCUGAUUUACUUUGUAAGUUGUUGGAAUCUGGAUUGGUUCCUAAUGCUGUAACAUACAAUGCUUUGAUUGACGGGUGUUGCAAUAGAGGGGAAUUGGAUAAGGCGUUUGCUUAUAGGGAUGAGAUGAUGAGUAGAGGCAUAAUGCCUUCUCUUGUCACGUAUAAUUUGUUUAUUCAUGCAAUGUUUUUGGAGAAAAAGUUGGUGGAAGCCGAUGAUAUGAUCAAAGAAAUGCGAGAAAAAGGGAUGGAACCUGAUGUUGUAACCUAUAACAUAGUGAUUAAUGGCUAUUGUAGAUGUGGGGAUGCGAAGAAAGCCUUCACCCUUUAUGAUGAAAUGGUAGAAAAAAGGAUUAGACCGACAUUGGUAACGUACACGUCGCUUAUUGAUGUUCUUGGGAAAAGGAAUAGGAUGAGCGAGGCAGAGAAGAUGUUUAAGAAGACUAAAAAAGAAGGUCUACUGCCAGAUAUUAUAAUCUUCAAUGCGUUGAUUGAUGGUCACUGUGCAAAUGGUGACAUCGACCGUGCAUUUCAACUCUUGAAAGAGAUGGAUGAUGCAAAGGUUGUUCCUGAUGAAGUCACUUACAAUACCUUGAUGCAAGGGUACUGCAGAGAAGAGAAAGUGGAAGAAGCUCAGAAACUUCUUGAUGAGAUGAAGAGAAGGGGGAUCAAACCUGAUCAUAUUAGUUACAAUACACUUAUUAGUGGUUACAGUAAAAAAGGUGACAUGAAGGAUGCUUUAGAAGUUUAUAAUGAAAUGUUGUCUAUAGGAUUUCAUCCUACCAUUCUUACCUACAAUGCUCUUAUUCAAGGCUAUUGCAAAAACGGUGAAAGUGUCUAUGCUGAAGAGCUUCUCAGAGAAAUGAAACGAAAAGGCAUUACUCCUGAUGACAACACGUUCUUAUCUUUAGUUGAGGCUAUGAAGACAAAUGAUGACCUAGUGGAAAACGACGAUAAAUGAGGUUGUGCUUAUCUUCAUUUCCUGGCUUUACUUGUAACUAAGUCUAAAUUCUUGGUAGCUGAAACCCGAAAAAUCUAUGAACUAAUUCAUGCAUCAUUCAUUACCAUAUCAGACAAACUACCUUGUAUUUCUUUUUUGUAUUUUGUUUGGACAAGUAUACUUCAGUGUUAUUUUCAUAUUGAUUACUUGGUAUCUGUUAUAAGUUUCAUUUUGUGAAGAAGGUUACUUUGUUAUCUAUGAA